CAUUCACAGUGGCGACAAAGUCUUAACACGCAGCAUAAUACAAACUACAUUGAGAUAAUCCCAGUAGAACUCCUUUUGGAGUUAAACAAAGCUGAGACAGUCGAGUGGUGGGAUGAACUACGCAGAAGUUUACCGAGGACCAAGCACCUUUAUCCCACAAUCAAGAAGCGAGCACAAAGAAAUCAGAUUGGUUUACACAAGCUCGUGUAAACGAUAUUGGAUAUUAUAUUUUGUCACCAAUUCAAUAGUUGCGUUACUUCAUUUCUUUGAAAUGUGGAGCGUUUCGUAUUCUUCUUCAGUGUUUAUUUUUAUUGUAAGUGUAAUUCAGGGAGCUGAAUUGCCCCAUGGAGUUCCACUGUCAAAAUCGUCAUUUUACCAAGUAGGCCAUCCAUUUACUUGUUUGGAUGGUUCAUCCACUAUAUCAUGGUGGAAGGUCAAUGAUGAUUAUUGUGACUGCCGUGACGGCUCAGAUGAACCUGGUACAUCUGCUUGCCUCAACGGUCGCUUUUCUUGUCGUGAUCUACAAUAUAGACCCGUUUUACUACCUUCUGCCUACGUAAAUGAUAGUGUUUGUGAUUGCUGUGAUGGAAGUGAUGAAUAUGGAGAUGUUGAACGGUGUCCAUCAACUUGUGGAGCUUUGGAGGCAUCACUUCGUGAAGCAAGAUCUGUGAAACGUAAUCAACUUGAACAAGGGCAUAAAAUAUUCAGAGAGUAUGUUGAAAACUUAAAAGAACGCAAGGCGAAAGGACUUUUUGAAGAAGUAAAACCUACAGAGCAACAUGAUUCUCAUCAUAAUUUACAAUUGGAGACUAGUGGUGAUGAAAACCCACUACCAAGUAAUGAUGAUAGUGCUCAACCUCAUUUAUCCAAUAAUGAUAAUAAAGAACACGCAACACAGGCAGUUGAAGAACAGCCUCAACACAACGAUGAAGAUAAUAAACAUUCUGGACCAAAUCAUGAUGAUGUUCAUGAAUCUGGACAUCAAGAUGACGAACAUCAUCAUCCUGAUCCAGAGGAACCAGAUCAACAACAUGAUUAUGAAGAUGAUCAUCACAAUGAACAAAAUGAUGAUAGUCGACCCGAUCCUGAAGCACUACCAAGUCAUGAAGGGUCUUUUGAUCCACAGCAUAAACCAACUCCCGUUCCAAUUGAUUAUGGUCCAGAGGAAGGCUUUCGUAUGUUGACCGAGUUAUCAGAUGGUUGUUUAGAGGUAGACGAUCGUGAGUACACCUACAGUCUAUGCGCUUUCAAAUCUGUUCAUCAAAGACCACUUGGUUCAUCGAAAUCAGAUAUAGGUACAUGUAUCGGCAGAUGGGGUCGUUGGUUAGAAGGCGACGGUAAUGAAAAAUCUUAUGAAGUUAUGUAUUAUGAAAAUGGAAUGAGCUGUUGGAAUGGACCAACUAGAUCUACGAAGGUAUUUGUUCACUGUGGUGACACAAAUAAAAUUACUUCGGUGAGUGAACCAUCUCGAUGUGAAUAUGUUAUGCAAUUAAUCACUCCUGCUGCGUGUAGUGAAGAUCCUGAUCAAUUGUUUAAACGAUUACAUCCAGAAUUGUAAAAAUGUUUUCCUUGUCAAACAUUUCUUCCCCAUCGUCGCCGCCGCUGCCGUCGAUGACGACGCCGGCUCCUAUUCCUCCUGCUCCUAGUAAAUCAUGAAACAAAUAACAAUUGUGUAAAAACAAUUGAUUCGUAACUGUUUUGUAUUGCUACUAUAAUUAUUAUCAUUAUUAUUGUUUGUACGCUUUGUCGCUUUUUAUUGACAUUUGUGUGAUGAACUUGUCUUGGGGGAGAACGGUGCUAUAAUAAUACAAAAAUGAUAAAAGGACGGUUUCGGCGAGGA